ACCCAAUGUGUUGACAUGGUAACACAUGGUGGCAAUCGAGGUUUCCAGGCAUAUAGGAACACCUUUCUUGGCCAGUAUUGAUUCAACCUUUUUCCGUGGAUGUUCUUUGAAAUACCAAUAUGACGACUGCGAGUUUGCCCAGAGUUCCCGAGGGACUUCGGGAUCUCAUGAAAGUUUACACCAAAGAAGUUUUGCGUGAAAAGCCAUCCGAUCUGUACGAGUUUUCGGCCAAGUUUUUUAACAUGAUUGUUGGCGAGAAGUCCCACCAAGCAGUGAGAAAAUACGAACCAGCCCAGACUUACGAAACCAUUAUGAAAAACCGUAUACGUCAGCAAGUGCCCAUAUCCAUGGUUUUUAAUAUAAUACCCGAAAAUCUGACGGACUUGAUCAAGCAAUUUAUAAAGGCUGUUCUAAGAGAAAAGCCGGAAAACAUUUAUAUUUUUGCACAGGAGUAUUUUCAGAGACUAUCGAAGGAAAAGUCCGGUCGUACGGAAUACACAAAGUAUGCCACAUACGAAAAGUCAUUGAAGGACAAAGAAAACGUAGCUCUUGUGGCAAAGGUAACCUGUGAAUGUGGACGUGUACUGAGUGCAAAAACACAGAAUGUGGAAAAUAAUACUGUCCUCAUUGAAAAGGAAGAAAAGAUCGACUCUAAUAUACCCAAGAAAGAUGAUGAAGAGAAAAAUUUAAUUAGUAUCACCUACAUCAAAUCUGUAGUUAUUAUUCAAAGGAACUUUCGCCGAUAUCUGAAGCGGGUGAAAACAGGUCCAAAUAAAAAGGAUAAAUGCAGUAGCAUGGAAUACAUGACUUCGAUUUUGCUGCUCCAAAGACAAUUUCGCCGGCUUAUUGCUAAAAAACGAGUGGAAAAACUCAAGCUUUCGCGUACAAAUCAACCAAAAGCUAAAAUUGACACGGCCAACUAUAUGAAUGCCGUUCUCAUUAUUCAAAGACAUUAUCGCAUAUAUUUAAAAAAGAAGCAGGAGCAAAAUCGAUUAAAAAACGAAAAAGUUUCCUUGGCAACAGCCGCCAUUAUAAUCCAGAGAGCCUUUCGCAGGAUGUUGGCCGUACAUAAGGCCAGAAGGAUAACCUCGGCCAGUGCCGAUCAUCCCGAGGACCUUAACGACAAUGCCUCCGAAACAGGAUCCUACACCUCCGUGUCGACAGCCCUCCUUUCAACGGAAUCCACCGAGCUGGGGGGAACCAAUUACGAGGAACGAGUUCAUCAGAAAAUAAUCCACGAGGACGAGGAAGUGGAGAACAGCAACGUGGAUGGUGGCCUGGGAAAGGAGUAUUUUGAAGAACCCAUUAAAGGAGCCGAAAAAUCGAUACUUCUAAGAAAAAGCGAUACCCUAAGUGGCCCAUUAAUCGAAAAUCCGGAAGACCAUGAAAGUAAUGAUUACUCUGAGUUUGAGGUCGAGAAAGCAAAAGAAGAACUUGAGGAUGAAUUUAGAGCAAUUAAAAAACGGGAUGCACAAAAUCCAUCUGAACUGGAAUUAAAGCUGGAAAAACAAGAUGAGCUUCAAACUCAGAAUCUUGAUGCCAAAGAGACCGAAAAGGCCUUAGACUCUAAAAAAGAAAAUGAUACUCAUUUAGAAUCUGAAAUUGAAGCUAAUCUUAAAUCUCAAAAAUCCAUCGAGAAUUUGGAAACCGAGAACGAAGAUGAAACUAGAAAUAUCGAAACUAUCAAAGGCUUGGAACCCAUAAUUAAAUCUGAAAUAGAGCCUAAAAACACUUCAGAAGAGCCGGCAGAGACUAAAAAUGAUACACUUCAAGAAAGUGAAUCUCAAAAUGGGAAAAAAGAAGAGGAAGAAAAGGAAAGGUCAAAUAAGAUAUUUGUUGACACUCCUGAAGAUUUAGAAAAAAAAGAUAAUAUUGAAAUCAUAGAAACAAUUCCUCCUCCAAAAUUGGUCAAAGCAGAAAGUCAAUUGCAAGCAACUCCCACCAUUUCCAUAGAACAUGUUGAUGAUAGUCCCGAAGAGAAUCCACAAAUUCAAUCUGAAUCUAAUGUAGAUAUUGUGCCAGAAUCAUCCGAACCCUCAAUUAUAUCGGCAGUAGAUCAACCAGAAAGUUUAUCUGAGAUUGAAGUAGAAAACCUUAAGUCUAUUCAGGAUACUGACAAAGAGGGACGUGAUCAAGAAUCUCGAAAACAGUCAUCAAUAGAUAAUGAAAAAGAAAAGCCUGUUAAAUCUUUAGUUUCCAAUACAAGUCAGGAAGAAAAGAAUAAGGAAUAUCGAAAACAAACUUCAAUAGAUAAAGACAAACAUAACCCUGUUGAAUCAUUACUUUCAAACGCAAAUCAGGAAGGUCAUGUUCAAGAAUCUACAAAACAAUCUUCAAUAGAUAAUGACAAAGAAAAACUCGUUGAAUCUUUAGAUUCAAACGAAAGACAGGAAGGACACAAGCAAGAAUCUCCAAAACAACCUUCACUCGAUAAUGAAAAAGAAAAGCCUCUUGAGUCAUCAAUCCUUAACCCAAUUCAGGGAGUUGCAUCAAAUGAAGAUAAUUCCUCAAGGGAUGAAAAUGAUAUUGAAACUGGUCUUAUACAUAGAGCUAAGAGAAGUUUAGAAGAACUUGAAAGUAACUUGGAUAAAAUCAAGGAAAAUUCCGAGAGUAUAGCUGAAGAAAACAAUGUUGAGAAUCUUGUGGAAAAAGAAGGGAAUCUCAAGAAUAGCAUCGAACGGAUUGAUCAGAACAAAAGUCAAGAAAAAAACUCUGAUGCACCUGAAUGUAAAAAAGAAAUGGAAACACAGGACAGUCCAGAGAUGGUUGCUAACAUCGGGGAAGAUUCCUUGGAAAAAGAAAUAAAACCAUUAACACUUGAAGAUGUCGUUGGGGAAGUUGAAAGAUUAGGUGAUGAAAUAAAGAAUGAUACCGCGGAAACCAUUUCCAACAUAAAAAAUGCUGUAAGCGAGAGUAUAGAUGCAGUUGAAGUUAGCAAAGAGAACUUAUUAAAUAAACAAUAUAAUGAAAAGUUAUUCGAAUUUCAAAAUAAUAAAAAAGAAUCCACAACAGAUCCCAAGGAUGAAAAUGUAGACCAGGAAGAACCACUUUCUAGAUCCAAACGAAGUACCGACAAAUCUAAUGAACAAUCUAAUGAAGAGUUAAACGAAUUUCAAAAUAAUGAUAUAGAAUCCAGAACAGAUCCCAAGGACGAAAAAGUAGACCAAGAAGGACCACUGCUUAGAUCCAAACGGAGUACCGAAGAAUCUAAUGAACAAUCUAAUGAAGAGAUAAACAAAAUACAACAUAAUGAAAAAGAAACCACAACAGAUCCCAAGGAUGAAAAAGUAGAUCAGGAAGGACCACUUAUUAGAUCCAAACGAAGUACCGAAGAAACAGAAAUAAAUUUAGAUUCUGAGACCGACAAUUCUAAAAACCUAACUGGGGAAAUACCAAAAGAGUCAUUAACUGAAGGAGGUGAGAAGAAACUUAUGGAGGAAACGACAAUGUUACACCACACUAAGCUACCCUUAGCCGAAGAAAGUUUUCACGAGAAAAAUACAACCAAAGAUAGCUUGGUUAAUGAAAGUGUAAUAUCAACUGAAGCUGAAUCCUGUGAACCUGGACAAAAAAAUGUCCUUACUAAAAGUCUAGAGAUAGAUCCAUGUAAAGAAUCAGGUGAUGAUCUUGAAGCUAGUAAAGAUAAUGAAAAGCAGACGCUUGUUAAAGAACAUGCAAGCACAGAUGGUACUAAAUUAUUUGUCCCUUCAGUUGAAUCUCCAAGUGAAAAAGAACUUCCGACAUCAGUUGAUAAAUUAGUUGAAAGUAUAACUUAUGAUGAAUUAAAAUCUGCAAACGAUAUUUCUUUGAAAGAUAAUAAAACUGGAACGAAGGAGCUCUUAGAAAAAAAAAAUAUUGACGCAUGUAAAAUGAAAAGACAAGAAAUAAGUAUCCAGGUAGAUAAUGGAAAUUCUAUACAGAUUGAUCCGACAGAUGCCACUGACACUAUCAAGAACGCAAAAGAAUCAAAUUCGGCUUCAAUGGAAAAACAUUCUGCAAAUGAAACAACAGAUAGUUUUAACAAUGCUAAAGAAGAAAAAGAAUUCCAUUCUGCAGAUAAAGAAUCGGACAAGGAAGUCGUUGCCAUUGAAAAAAUUCCUUCUGAAGACUCGAAAACGAGCCCUGCAGAAACUACCGAUAAAAAUGCAGUUUCAAAAGAAUCGAAUAGUGAAAAAAAUUCAGGGGAUAGUUCGUCUGCCCUAGAAAAUAAGCCCAACGAUGCCGAACUUGAUAAUGCCGUUACUGUAAACAAAGAUGACGAAACUAUUUUGAAAAGUUCUAGUAAAGAAAGCAUUGAUAAAACACCUACAGAAUCUGAUUUGGAAAAGGAUCAAGGAAAGGAACUUUCCGACGAGAAUGAUCUUCUAAUUAAAACAGAGGAAGUGAAAAAUUUAGAAAAGGAACUUUCUUACGAGAAUGAUCUUCUAAUUAAAACAGAGGAAGUGAAAAAUUUAGAUGAAGUAGAAAUUAAAGAAACCCAAGCCCCUGAUAGCGAUUCUCCUGUCAGCAAAGAGAUAGAUGUCCCAGAUUCCAAAGCCGAGAAGCCGAUCGAUUCAAUUCCCUCAAAAACUGAACAGAAAAACUCUUCAUUGCUUGUAACUAAUCAAUUAAUUGGCACCCAAAAUUUACCAACUAACCAUAUUGAGAUUGAAAAAAACACCAAGAAGUACUCUAGCGUUAAUGUAAAAGAUAAAGAUAUUGGCACUUUAUCAUCGGGACGUCUGGUUCCCACACCAAUUGCUGAACUGCAGCUGAAAUCAUUUAAGAACACUAACGACGAUGGCGCCUGGUAUGAUAUAUAUGUAGAGAACCCGAUUCCAUUGGAUACAAGCUCAGGAGUCCCUACUGAACCUGUUAAAUCUCUAAAAACUGAUUCCGAUCAGCCAACAGAAAUAUUUGAGGAGCCUAUUAUACCUCAGGAAAGAGUUCCCAGCUAUUAUACGCCCCAGAAAAUCAUUGAACCCGAUGUACCAAAAGUAAAAAACUCCGUUUCGUUUUUUGUUUCUUUUGAUUCUGAUGAUGGCAAACCCAAAUACCAAAUACCAAAAAGGUUCCAGGAUCAAUCGAAGAAAAACAUUACUGAAAAUAAACAACCAGAUGCUGAUUCUAAUUUAACCAAAUCUGAAGAGGUUGAAACCUUUUCUUCUGAUGAUAAUGAAAAUGAAGAGGAAAUUGAGGUGAUAGAAGUUUCAGAAGGAGAUCCUGAAUACCAGAAGAUGGCUGGAACAAAACUUCAAACCAUCUUAGAACUAAAUGAAAAUGAACAGAUCAAUGAUGAGCAAAAUAAAAAUAAUCCAGCUGUGGAUCCAGAAACAGGUGAAUUGUCAGCGGUAGUUAAAAGUAAUCUUGGAAUCUCUAAGGAAAGAGACUUAAAAGAAAAGUCUGAAGAGUCUACAAAAAGCGAUUCUGAUUUGGAAUCCCUCUAUAAGGCUGAUAUUUUAAGCCUCACAAAAUCGGUUCAGAUUAUCGAAAGAGCUUACAAAAGGUUUAAAAACAAGAGUGCAGAAGUCACCGAAAAACAAAAUAUUAAAAUUGAUAACAGAAAAGAUUUCACCGAACAACAAAAUAUUAAAAUUGAUAAAUCAAAUGACGUCACAGAAGGACAAAAUAAUGAAAUUGAUAACUCAGAAGAUGUCACCGAAGAACAAAAUAUUGUAAUUGGUAACUCACAAGAUGUCCCCGAAAAACAAAAUAUUAAAAUUGUUAACUCUAAAGAUGUCACCGAAAAAGAAAAUAUUAAAAUUUGUAACUCAAAAGAUGUCACCGAAGAACAAAAUAAUGAAAUUGAUAACUCAAAAGUUAAUAAUGCUGCUAAAAUAAUACAAAAGUGGAUUCGCAAUAUUUUAGAGAAGAAUUUAAAAAAACUUUCAUCAGAUAAUGUAAAGGAUAGCCAACAAAUCUUAGCUGCAAGAAAAAUUCAAAGAGCAUAUAGGAAUUAUGUAAAAAAAUUACAGAAUGCAAAUGAAGAAAUAUCAAAUGAAGAAUCGAUUAAAAUUGAAAAUAACGAUUUUCAAGAAGUAGAAAACAAAGAAAAAAAUAACCAAUAUAAUGAAAAGCAGAAAAACGCUAUUCUUAUAAUUCAAAAAGCGUUUAGGCUUUAUUCUCAAAGAAACAAAGUUAAACAAAACAAAUUGGAAUUAGAUGAAAACGACUUAAGGCAAAACGAAGCCGCAAUAAAAAUACAAAGGGCAUUUAAAAGAUAUUUAAAAUUAAUCCAAAAACCAGAUAUUGUAAUGCAAAAUGAGUCUAAAGAAAUCGAAGAAGUGCAAGAAUCUGUGAAAUCCGAUUCAGUUACUACCCAAGAACAAAAAUCUAAACCAACUGAUACCCGAAAAGGCGAUCUUGAAGUAAAAGCCAAGGCAGUUAUAAUAAUACAGAAAGCUUUUAGACAGUAUUUGGAACGAAAAAAGUUAGAACACCUUGAGGAAAACUCAUUUGAUUCACAAUCAAUUACUAGUUCCCGAAUAACAACCAUUGAAAAUGCAAAUUAUGCAGCUGAUGCAACGCCAACAGAUAGUUUGAUUCAGGACUCCGUUGAAAAUACGCCGGAAAUUAAGCCAAAAUCUGAAUGGUUCGUGGGAUCAACACUAAUUAUACCAAGCCAGGAAGUCGUUGAGGAACCUCUCAAGAUCGAAAGUGGUCCGGAUACAGCAGCAUCGGCACGUAAAAGCACGCAAGUAGUAGAAUCAGUUGAAACCGUAGAUAGUUCGCAUGGCUCGCUUGAAUCCAAACAAAAUUCUGGUACUAAAUUUGAUGAGACUGUAGGCAAGGAUAUUGAAAAGGAUAAUGCACUGUCUUGUGGUUUAGCAGGUCCAGAAGAUGCUGAAGUUAAAGCUGAAACGGGUUCCGAUGAAGAUGCUAUUCUUCUAACACAGUCCAACUUGGAUAAAAUCGAGCAGGAUAUCCUUUCCACUCAAGAACUGGUCAAUAAUUUCUUGGAAAAAGAAAUUGAGUUCUCAUCUGCACAAGGACCUUAUGAAAGUGAAAAUCUUAAAGAAGUCGUAGAAGAACCUUGCAUUAAGAAAUCUGCUUCGCUAGUCAAUUUAUCUGAGGAGGAGACAGGAGAUCCUACGGAUUCUUCACUUUCGGAAACUACUGGCUUAGAUACUUUAUCAGCAGAUACCAUAGACAAGGCCACAGUGAAGUUGGCCAAGCCCGAGGAAGUGAUUGAGAAAAUGUCCCAGUUACGUGAAUCUAAGAGUCAAUCCUCCCAGGAAAGGAUUCAAUCCGGUGAUGCUAGUUUUGAGGAACCCAUUGUGCGGCCAAUGAGUUCUUUACAGGAGCAAACCAGCAUGGACAUUGAAGAUGGCGAUAUUAUCGUUUACAACCGUCUGCAGCGAGAUGAAACCCGUGAGAGUUCUGCCCAGAGUGACUCCGUGGUUUUUGGUGAUCCAGAGACGGAAAAGAUUCCGGAAAAAGACGAAGAAUCCGGCAGAGUGCAUUUGAUGCGGCACUACACCAUUGCUGGGGAUGAUCCCCGAGGUCUAUUCCGUUCUGUGACCAUUGAUGAUGCACUUAAUUAUGAAGAGGACAUGGAUUCAGGUCAUGGCAUACAAAAUGCAGCCAGCUUUUACUUGGACGAUGAAACAUCUGAGAACAUUCGGAAGAAAAUGAUGGCCUAUUCGCUUAGUGAAACGGAUUCCGAUUACAUUGAUCCCAGAAAGGUGAGUCAAGAGGACUUCGAUAUAGACACGGCCAUGGCAGAUGCCAUGGGCACCUCCACAGAGACAGAAUCAACCAUCGUAUCGGCAGCCACCAAGAUACAGGCUGGAGCUCGGGGAUUCCUCACCCGGCGCAGAUUGCGGCGCGCCAGUGCUGGCACCAAAUCAUCCACCCAAGACACCAAGGCGUCAUUUGGCAAUGAUGCCAUUAGCGAAUCCCUAGAACGAUUCAUCGAAGAGGAGGCGGCCAAGAAGAUACAGGCUGCAUAUAGAAUUCAUACGCGCAAACGUAAAGGAUACCCCCGAAAAAUGGAGGGCAUCAGCCUGGAGAGCAACCUGGCUGCCAGGCGACAAAAGCUGCAGCGCGGAGAUGCCCUGCGGAAUGACUCUACCCCGGAUGAUGAGCACAGUGUGGCCACCAAUGGUGGGCAGACUCAGAAAGCGGCCAAGCCGCCACGCCACAAGUUAGUUGGUGAUGCCAAGUCCAGGGCCGCUAUGGAAUUGAAAUGGCUUACCAUGAGGCAGAACUCAAUGCCCGUGCAAAUCGACUGUGAAGUAUUCAGAGUAAUACCCAAGCAUAUGCGAAAACGCAUUAAAAGCGCCGAUGCUAACAAAAGGAAAUAAAACGUACGUAAAUUAAGUAAAUACGCUGAAUUUUAUCCAAAUAAAAUAUAUACAUUCGAUCGACAAUGUUUUUGUUAUCAAACAAAACUGACAAGCUUCCGGGACAGAGGCGGCUA